CCUGUCGCUCCUGCAGUGCUGGACCGCACAGGACUACAAAUGCAGUUGGGUUUUCUCUCUUCUUCCUCCCAUCCUCCCGCUCAGGAGCUGCUCAAGACUCAAACAAACUGAUGGCAAGAAAUGGGAGCUAGUGAAGGAGCAUCUUCUUGCAGCUGCGCUGAUGCUCUUUUAGUGCCCAAAGCUAUAGCUGUCGUGAAAUGUACAGCUCACCAGACCCCUCAUGAUGAAGUUACCCAUGGAAAUGCUUUGGCAGACUCUGCAGCCAAAGCAGCGGCCCUUUCUGCACCUCAGGCUGAAUAUACUUGUGCUUUGAUUGAACAGCCUCCACUAGCCUCCCUUGAGGAUCUGGCCAAGAUCCAGGAAGCUGCACCGGCAGCUGAGAAACGUUUUUGGAGUGCUAAUGGCUGUAUUCUACACCCUGAUCAUCUUUGGCGUGCCCCAGCUGGUCGCCUGGUUGCACCGAAGAUGCUAAUGCCCUAUCUUGCUCGUGUAUACCACGGAAUGGCUCACGUGAGCAAAGGGGGGAUGGUUGCUGCAGUUAACCGAGAUUGGUGUGCAUUCGGGUUCCCAGUCAUUGCACAUCACUACUGUCAACAAUGUGUGAUUUGUCAGCAGCAUAACAUUGGUAAAGCUGUUAAAGUUAGGCAGGCAGCUCACCCUCCCCCUUGGGGACCUUUUGUAAAUAUUCAGAUUGAUUUUAUUCAACUGUCUAAAUGUUGUGGCUAUGAAUAUGUAUUGGUUUUGGUGGAUGUAUUUUCAAAUUGGGUUGAAGCUUUUCCCUGCAGGAAAGCAGAUGCCAGGACUGUUGUGAAACUUCUGCUUAAAGAUUUUGUACCACGAUUUGGCAUCCCUGUGAGUAUCAACAGUGACCGUGGUCCAUCAGCGAAAGACUGCCUUGGCUCCAUGCUGGAAAGGCCCUUUCCAAGUCCUGUUAACUACCAACACUGCUGUGAAGUGCCAAGGACUGCCCACCUGGACCCAUGCUUCGCACUGCAAAAAGACCCCUCUGCUUGGAGAGGAUUCUCCAGCUGCUGAUCAGCCUGUUUCUCCUGCUAGCUCUGCUGUGCCUCCUGGACAGCAGGGAAAGAGGACAAGGUGAAGUGCUAGUAACCUCUCCCUUGUCCACUGACAGAUCUACUGUGCCUUUGAAUUCUUUUACAGGAAUCACACCAGUACAGGGUGAAGUGCUAGUAACCUCUCCCCGGUAUUAUGGUGAAUCACAACUGCUUUUGAAGAAGAAAAGAAGAAACACUCGCUCUGCUGAAACCACCAAAGUCCAGAACUUUCUAACUACAAAAGACAUUAAGAACUGGCCCUGGUGGAAGAAACGAAGUAUUGUUUAUUGGCAAGGAGGGAACUGUGGGGAACGUUCCUGGGAAUGUGGGGUCCAGUGGUGGGGUGGAUUCUUUCCAGGAUCAGGGCUUUGUGCUUAUGGACAGGUACCUUCAGGAUGCACUGCCCUUCCUAAUUGGCUUUCAGAUGAUGAAUAUCAAAAACGCCUUGCCACUACAAAGACUACACCUACCACUAGUCCCUUGACCCUUGCCACCACCACUGUAACUUAUCCAGAUACAAACAGUACUACACAUUCCAAUGAUGAGAAAUUGGGCCAACUAGAGAAGGCCAUAGGCCUUGUUUCUGGAGCACAACUAACCCAGGUACAGGCUGGAGUUGGUGAGUUACAUGUUAUCUCCGCCCUUAGUUCUAUGACCCAGAAGUUACUGACAGAGAUGGUAUUGAAUAUCACUGAGGCUGGGAAGGCAUUGCAGUGGGAUCUAGCAUGCUCAGAGAUUCAGGAUUUCUUGAAUGACCAGCUAAUGGCCAUUCGGAAUGAUCUAGAGCACCAGGCUUGGCCCACUGCCCUUACAGACACGUCAGGAGUGCCAUCUGACCUGUGGCCAUGGAGACAUACUUGGAAACUUUCUGGGUGGAAGUGUGGACGUUCUCAGUGCUCCUUCCAAGCAUAUGGACCGGUACAGGGGGUGUGGGCUCCCACAUACCGUAUCCUGCCGGGUCCAUGGGGAGGAUGCAUAUGGGAUUGGGUAAUUCAUCGAGACAUCUGGGAAAUUAGACCACCUGGUAUGCCCAAUCGAUUUUUAGUUAGUGCUCCUAGGAUUACACCUGACAUUUGGAUGGGGUUAGGUAACCUGUGGAUAUUCUGGCCAUUAGAACCCCCACAGCUUCAGUGUACACGUAAACUGAAGCCAGGAGAAGUUGUCACUGUCUAUGACUACGUUUGCUGGGAGGGUAGGGGACAAGGAACUACCCUGACAGGACACUUACUCUUCCAAGCUAAUGAUAGCUGUGUGUAUGUUAAUGACACCAUAUCACAAGACAUACAUUUUAAUCUCACUACCACUGCAGACAAUCAUAUCAUUUACUGGCCUGCAGAUAGAGUUUUUCAAGUAGCCCUUAGGUUCCAGAUACCCUUUAAUUGGACUAGCUUACUAUCUGAUAGAUUUCAAAAUUUGCUUUCAUUGUUACCUGAGAUUCAGAAAAUCUCUGAGGUACAAGGGCAAAUUCACAUGCUUCAAAAUGUAUAUCAAGUAGAAAAGUAUGCCUUUCACACUGCUUAUAGAGUAUCUACCUUAUGUACUAAAUAUGAUGUAUUGUGCUUUAUGACAAAGGCUGUACAACAACCCCAUUAUAGUAUUGCUAUGGGAAUGUUAUUGCUUGUAUUGUUAUUAGUUAAUUUAGGAUUAUGUUAUUGUUGUUGUAAAAGACGUAAUAAUAGUAAUACCUUUCAUGUUCAUGCUAAUCAUGCAUUAUCAUUGCAUCCAAUCAAAACCCCUAAGGUUGAAGCAUCUAAUUUAGAAUCUGAAGUCCAGGACUUGAUGCAAAUAGAGAUUUGAGAAUGUUUGUUGUACUAGAAGUACAAAAGGGGGGGGUUGUGGAAGCAGAGAAAAGAACUGACAGAAGGGAACUGCAAUGCAUGAUGGUUGUUAGCAAGAGUCAGGCUUCGUUAGCAAGAGACAGUCUUUGUUAGCAAGAGUCAAGCUAGCUGUGACCCUGAUAACCCUGAUAACGCGAGAUUUGUAGAAGCCAGGAUUGUGUGAGGAUUGUGUGAGACGGGUGAGAAAGAGCUGUGUAAGAAGUCAUUGUGACCUCAGUAUAGAUAAGGUGUAGAAGACCUUGUGUAGAUAAGGUAUAGAAACUAAUUGUAUGUAGGCAAGAGUCAAAACAAGUAAGGAAAUGAGAUAUCAAGAUGGCCUAUGUAUAAACAAAAUGCAGCUGUCCCUCAUUAUUUCUGUAAUGAAAGGUAUAAAUGCUUGCUGUAAUUAGUUACCAGAGAGAGACCUGCUUGCUCUCUCCUCUGCACAUGUGAGAGUUAAUAAUAAAGCCUCUGACUUGCUGUACCUAAACAAAAUAGUGAGAACUCAGUUUUUCUCCGACAGUGUGUGGCCUAAACAAACUCAUAAAAAACAUGUCCUUUAAAAGACAAAUUAGACUCAACUGUAAUAUGUCACAGAUAUGUGUAAAUACCCUGGUUAAUAUUUUCAAAAGGAGUCUACAUUUCCCAUUGACUUUCCAUGAGGUCCUAUGUCACUUAUGAAAAUGGGUCUUAGGCUCUGAAGUCACUUAGACCCUUUUGGAAAUUUUACCCAGUGUGAUUAUUUUGAAGGAUGUGAAUGAGCCGUAUCAUAGCAGUGCUUACUGCAUGAAUAUAUGAGGCGAACAUUAAUUAUAUUGUUCCAUAUCAGUGUAUUGACGUGUAUAAAAAAGUGCCAGUUAUGAGAUGGAAUGAAUGACAGGGGAAUGAGUAACUUUUAAAGCCUGCAUUAACUACAGACGUAUGAAAUAUGUACACCAGCACAAAUAUUACAGUUCUUGAGACAUCUGCACAAAACUAGAUAAAGUACUAGUAGACUUGUGACUUCCCUCCAGCUGGAGAGAGAGGGAGAGAGAGAAAGAAACCCUUGGGAAUCCUGAGCAGUAAACAGCUUACAAAUGAGACAGGUUGAAAACUUGACAGCUUGUCUAAAUGCUCAUUUUACUGGAUGGCACAUCAAUGCUUAAAGCUAGUGUUUUGUUUAAUUAGGAUCAAGUAUAUUUGUGGAUAAUAAAAUGGUUACCAGUCUCAAAUACAGAUAAUGUAUUCAUAGGACAAAAAUGCAAAUAGUAUUUUGAUGCUUGUUAAAUGUUUGUCAAUGGUGGCUUUUUAAAUUUUGAAUUUGUACUUGGUAAAUGCAGUGAAUUAUUUAAGACAUCAAAUCUUUAGUAACUGGUGUAUAUUUGAUGUCAAAAAUAGAUGAGCAAACUUUGCUACUUCAGAUAUUACAUUGCACAGAACACUUUAAGGAGGGAAUGAAGUAUUCAAAGGGUUGGGGGUUUUUGGAAGAGGACAAUAACUAAUGAUAUAAUAUAGCUAUGGAGUGGAAAUCGAAGAAGUGAGGUUUUUACUCACGAAAGCUUAUGCCCAAAUAAAUCUGUUAGUCUUUAAGGUGCCACCAGACUUUUUUGUAAUAUAUCUAUGUCUGUGUGUUUACACAAUUUUCAGCAAAUUUCUGAAUUUACUGUUCCUUAGCAAACAUACUUUACAGUCAUUCACAGUUUUAGAGAUGUUACUUGUCUAUGAAAUGGGAAAGUACUUCCAUGGGAUCACGACCAUAAAGCUAUUUUCUCUCCCAAGUAUAUAUUCAAUAAACCACACUAAUUUGGCCUAGCUGUCAGGUAAAUUUUCAAUGUAGUGCUUGGGGAGUUGUGUGCAAAACUCUCAUUAGCAGUGACAGUUGUUACUU